AUGUGGGACGGUAGCGGGAAGGUCAUCAAGCAAUGCAUUCAGCCUGGGACUAAUUCGAAAGAAUUCCAUGUGGGAAAUCCUAACGAAAAUGCUAGAAUGAAGAUAAGUAAUCUCAAAGAUGGAUACAGUUACAAGCUAAGUAUAAAGGAUGAUGUUUGUCUACUACAAAAGACAAGCAAGGCAAGUGCUUUUAAAUUCUUCACAGUGGGUGACUCGCUUAUUGUUCAAGAGCACAUUCUUUGGAAACACUCGAUUUGUCAACAGAUUGCUGGCGAGGUUUCGGGAUAA